GGAGGUCAUUUUUUUCUCUUACAUCUUUUCUGUCUAAAACGGUUUUUGUGCCGUGCGUGAAAUUGUCUGAAGUAUUUAAACAGUUUUAGAUAUUUGUAGUAAUUAAGAUUUCAGUCUUUCAUCAAUUAUUUAGUUUUACUUUGGUAAACAAUAAAUUACAUGCCUCCCUGUAGUGAUUACCGAUUUACAAUUUUCCAAAUACUGUGGACAUGCGCGACACCACAGCUGUCGUGAAAAUUGCCCUUGUGCAACCUUUGCUGUUGCUGGAACAUAAUCGUAAAUGUCAUAAUCUUAUAUCGGCUAAACAUCACACAGCCACUGUAUUUACCCACGUGCAGACUAGCAGUGGUGAGUUAACAUUUUAAUUGUUUAUGUAAAAGUAUCAACAUAGUUAGCAGGGCAAUUAUGAGUGCUUCCUUUCCAUAGAUAAAUAUAAUAUUGUAAGUGGCAGAACAUCUGUCUGCCAGCCGAGUUUCAGAGAUGCCAGCAGGUGUAUCUUGGCCAAGAUACUUAAGAAUGUUUGCUGCUAGUGUGUUGUCAAUGUUUGCUGGAGCACAGGUUGUUCAUCAGUAUUAUCGUCCAGAUUUGACAAUUCCAGCUGUCCCUCCAAAGCCUGGAGAACUGCAAACAGAACUUCUUGGUUUGAAAACAAGACAGACAGACUCAGAGAAACAAUGACCCAAUAGCCCAGUUUUGGUUACUGUAUAAAUACACAUAAUGUUUGAUGCCCCCCCACCCAACCACAAAAAAUCUUAUUUUAUUCUAUGAAUAAAGUUAUUUGUACUUGUACUAUGUCUUCUUUGUCAAAUAAAACACGUCAUAGUUUGAGACUGUUAGACAAUUAGACAAUUUGAGUUAAUCUGAAAUAGAAAAAUAAAUGCAGAUCUUUCUGUU